UCCAUCGUUGGCACUGUGACGAAAGCUGGCACUGUGACACGAAGUUUGUUGAUAUCAUCACUGACAAAAAGGUGACGUGGGUCUUGUAUCCUGUCCAGUGAGAGGGUGACAGUAACAACGAAAACAUCUCUUAGUGUCUCAGUCUACAAAAAAGACCCGCCACGGCCACCAUGCGCGCGCUGGCACUGACCAUCCUGGCCGUGACCUUAGCCCUGGGUCACGCCCUCCCGUACCGCAAGGGGAUCGCGCCCCCCCCGCCCGCGCUUCAGAUCCAGCAGAAGGGACAGCAGGAAGCGGGGCAGACGGACCUCCACCUCGGGCUGAAGGACCAGGAGAGCUCAGAGGCUAGCGGCGAAGGCGGCGACGACGAGGACGACCUCAAGAACGACCCCGACUGGGUGCCCAAGGCGGAGGACUACGAGGACGACGACGGCGACGACCACGACUACGUGUAUGAGGAUUCCUACGAGGACGAGGAUUAUGAGCCCGAUUACAACGAGGAGGAAGACGAACUCUGGUCCUCCGACGACGACCCGGACUGGCUUCCCGAAGGAGGGAGCGAGGAAGACAGUCACGGCGAUGACGAGGACGAACUCUGGUCCUCCGACGACGACCCUGACUGGGUACCCGAAGACCACAGCAACGAGGACAGCUCCGACGAAGCGAGUCAGACCAGCGAUAAAGGAAAGAUAGGAAACCUCGACCAGGACCUCAUCCAGGAGCUCGCCGAGGCCAUGCUGGUGAGCUCAGGAGGGCGUGGCACCCUCGAGGACAUGGUCGGCCUCGUCGUGAGCCUCGAGCUGACGCGGGAAGAGGCCCUCGACGCCCUCGACGGCCUCUACAAGAUGAUCGCGGAGCAGGAGCAGGGGCGGGAGCAGGGCAAGGAGGCGCACCCCAACGACGUCGACCAGACGCGCCCCGAGAUCCCCCGGCCGUCCCCCGAGAGCGAGUCCUUCAGCAAGAGGCCCCUCCGCCAGUACAAGGGCCAGUACUCCCAGCAGCAGCAGGACGAGUACCGCCAAGCCGACCAGCUGGACCUGGCGCGCGGGGUGGAGCCUCUGUCGCCGGGGAGCCAAGGGAGGGUGGACGUCGGCGACGGGGUGGAGCCGUGGAGGAGGAGGACGACGACGGCUACUCCUUCGGCGACUGGUUCAGGGAGGGCUGGAGGAGGGCUUCGGACAAGGUAGAAGAGUUCGGAGACCACGCCGAAGACACUUUCCACGAUAUCGGACACUCGAUUUCGGGCGCGGUGGGAAAGCUGUUGACAAGUACACGAAACAGCCCACGCGGCAGGUGAACACAUCGUAAGCACCUAUGAAAAGGCUAAGGAGAAACUAGCCAUCUUAAAGCAACGUUUGGCAACCAUUUUCACUGCAGUGACCAUCCAGCUCGGCGCCG